UAUUAUUUUUUUAGAAAAGCUAUGACGGAAUAUACGCCUGUGAAGAUUGUCCGAUGGAACGUGCUUCACUUACUGCUGAUGAUUGCCGGCACACAAGGUGUUAUGUUGCUGACAUCCGACUCACAGUAUGCACAACUUCAAGGAGAUAUAACCUUAACCUGCAACACGAGUGAUAAUGUUAGCUCUAUUGAGUUUAAAAGGGAUGGCACUUAUGUGGGAAGAUGCAGCAAAUUUGGUUGUGAGAUAGAAAAUUCAAGCAACGUCAUAGUGCAAAAUAAUUCAGAGCAUGCUGAAUACAACAUAUUCAACUUAACGGUCAAGGGUUUCGAGGAGCACGACGAAGGCUAUUAUACAUGCGUUGAUGCGUUGAACUCAUCGCAGGUCUCUGGAAUACAAAUCACGUAUUUAGUUAACAUCACGUCAGUGACACUAACUCCAACGACGGACCCUAUAUCGGUGAUUGAAAAUGUCCUACAACGUUUUCGCUGUGUUACGUCACAGUGUCGUCCAGUGGCCAGCGUAAUGUGGUAUCUGGGUUCCACACAGCUGACUUCUGGAUCUGAGUCCAGCACCUCGGAUGACGUCACUACCAGCACACUUGACUACACCCCACAGAAAAGCCACCAGGGCAAGAGAAUCCUCUGUCGAGGAAGUAAUGGUGGUCAACAAAACGCAUCUGAUGACCAAACCCAGCUAAACGUUCUUUAUGGACCAAGUACACCCGUUUGCAAACUUGAUGGAACAACUUUAUCCUCUGCUGUAACAGUAAAAGAAGGCUGGGAGAUCCUCCUAAACUGCAGCAGCGACGGAAAUCCGUCACCAAGCUUUUCAUGGACGCACCCUGGGGAUGGACCAACUUAUCCCCUUUUCAUACGCAGCAUCAACAGAACACACGCUGGAAAAUUCAGAAUAAUAGCAAGAAACAAUUUGAACCCAUCAGAGCAAAAGGCAGUUAAUCUCACCAAGGACAGUAAUGUCACAGUCGAUGUUCUAUAUCCACCGGAUCCGCCGAGUUGCCGCGUGGGAUCCAAUGCCACAUCAGCAAACAACGUAUCAGCAAUACGAGGAAAUACUAUCACAAUUACAUGCUCAUGUGAUAGCAAUCCGCUAUCCAUAAACUCUUGGUCCGUCACCGGAGUUCAAACUCAAACGUCAGGGCAACAUCUUGACCUGCCCGUUCAGUAUCCGACUACAAUAACUUUUAGAAUGGAAAACACCAUGCAUUUUACAAAUGGAAGUACUGAACAAGGAAGACGUGAGUCAUCAUUUGAAGUAAAAGUUCUUUUUCCUCCUGUGGUAAAGCCGCUGACGAAUGUCGUGGUACUCGAACGAGACAAUGUUUCUGUGGCUUGUCAAGUUACUGCUGGUAACCCGACAAAGACCGACUUUAAAUGGGAAAGAAUGUCUGAUAUGACCAAUUACUCCAUGGAACAGACAAUUGUCAUCCCCAACAUUGAUCGGAAACAGGGUGGAAACUAUAGAUGCACAGCUUCAAACCUCAUGAGACCUACAGGUUAUGACGCAACCGUUGGCAACAGCAGCAACACAGUCUACAUUGAUGUACAAUAUGAGGCAGAAGUGACGAAUUUUACAUUAUCGAAUAUUUAUCACGGACAACCCUUUGAAGUAAAUGAAAACACACAAGUUAGACUUUAUUGCCAAGCUCAAAGUAAUCCAUUAUCAAAUAUAUCAAUGUUAAAAGAAAGCACAAGUUUAAAGACUGCAAGUAACACAAGCGAUUUGGAAUUCACGAUCAGCAAAAGUGUUUGUGAGGACGAAGGAACUUACAAGUGUACAGCACAAAAUAUACACAAUACUAAAGCUGAUGUCAGGAACCUGACGCUAUUUGUUAGAUGUGCUCCUCGUGCAUUGGCAUUGGUUCCAAGACGCCAGAACGUUACAAGCGCUACUGGAGUGCCAGCCGUAUUAACUCUUAAUUUAGUAGCCUUUCCACGACCACGAGUGGCAGACUUUGUGUGGGAAAAAGAGGUUUUAGGUCUUGAUACGUGGCAUACCGUUUCUAAUGGCACAGACAUCGCCAUACUUUUUUCUGAUAACGGACUUCAAACUGUACUAUCUUUCAUGUCCGUAAAACCAGACCACUUCGGGAAUUACCGCGUACAUGUCAACAACGAACUUGGAAAUUAUACUGAAACGUUUAGACUGCAGGCGCAAGAGCAUCCACAUUCUCCUUCCAAUCUGCAAAAUUUUCAAAAAGUCACAGUUGACACGAUAUACAUUGAAUGGACACCCGGGUUUGAUGGAGGUCUACCCCAAAAGUUUCACGUAGAAUACAGGGAAGUUGGAGCGUCUGUUUGGAGAAAAGAAGUAGUGACCUCUAUACAAAGCAACUACACUAUUGUUGGAUUAAAUGAGGGGACAAUGUACGAAAUAAGAGUAUAUUCAACAAAUGACAUUGGUAGAUCAUAUGCAUCAGAUGCUAUAACAGUUUCCACAUUGAAACAGCUGGAAAGCGGCAAAUCUCUUAUGGUACUUAUAAUACUGUCAGUUGGUGUCGUGUGUGGAAUCGUUCUGGUCGUUAUUUUAAUUGUGAUAAUUAAAAGAAGAAAGAAAUGGAAAAUGAAAGAAGAGGUGGACCGAUUAGCCAUGGAACAUAACUUGCAGUCGAUGUCCAAUGCAGACGGCACAGAAAGUGACGAUGACGAAGAAGUGAUUAAUCCGUUAUAUGAGGGAGGUGAUGAUAUACAGGACGAAAUGAACAAGACGGAGGCGCUUUAUUCCAAGCCUCAAAAGAAAAAAGUUGCCAGCGUGUCAAGUGGAGCCGGUGACAUAUAUGCUGUUGUAAAUAAAAAAGGGAAAGGUAAACAGGGAACUAAACAUCCAUCAAAACCAAAGAAGAAAUCCACGGACAACGAAGAUGUAUACGGAAAUGUUGAAAAUCCACGAGGGGCGGAUUGUCCAACCACAUCUCAUGGUACUUAUACCAAUGGGAAUCAUGAUGUGCCUCUGGCAAAGAAUGCAGCGAAGAGGAAUGUAAACGCCGAUGGACUGAUAUACGAAGAUGUUCAGUUUCCAAACCCCCAAAAGGGACAACCACGAUUUGUCGUCCGAAGCGUAGAUGACAUGACUGAUUACGCUUCAGUUGACUUGACAGAGAAGGCGGAACCAUUACCUGAAAGCGACGAAGAUGAGAAGUCGCCAUCGAAAUAAUGAAACAUAUGCAGAAAGUCUUAUAUAUAAGUACACCAGACCUGCGAAUGGGCCUCUAAGCAUUUAACUGAUAAUUAUUUGUGUUUUUAGCUUUUAUAGGCUUUUAUCAAGUUGUAAGAACAUUAUUCUGUUAAAAUGUGAACAUCCAUAUGAAAAUUGUACAAGUUUUGAUAUGAAAUGUUUCUUUUAAAGCUUUUUAUCCUUAUGUUACUUUGAUUGUAUGUGUUUUAUAAGUGUUUUGCUAAUUUGUUUCUGUAACUUGUAAGGAUCACUUUAACGCGCCUGUCCAGAAUAUUGACUUAUUCAUUAUCCUUGUCUGUACUAAUAAUUGAAAUUUAACCUUUUUUUGUCAAAAUGAAAUGUUUGUAAAUUUGUAGGUUUAGAUUAUACUAUAAUUUUCAUAGCGAUUGUUGGAAAGGGACUUUUUUCAAAAAACGCCUCUCUGUGUCGUUUCACAGAGGAAUAUCCAUUGUUUGCCAUAAAGCAAAGCGUCAGGAAGUUCCCACAAUAUGAAAAGUAGUUCGAAAAACAAUGCAAAUUUUCCAAUCAACCACCUAAUUAUAUUUUUUAACCAGUAGUCACUGAUUUUGUAUCGAGUAAUGUAUAUCUGAUUACAGUUGCAAAGGGUAAUACAUUUGAGCGAACUAAAAUAAAAUAAAGCUUUUUGAGUUCGGAUACAAGAAAUAACAAUAUGGUCAAUCCAUAUAUUUCAAUAAAUGUAUUCCUGUUGAUUAAGAAAGGAUGAUGAUUUAUGAUACAAAAACAAUAAAUGUAAAGUUAGUUUGCUCUUUGGUUUGCAUAAAGGCAUAAAGGAUAUUUGUCAUCAUCAUACUUCUUUAAAAUCACCGUUGACGUAAACACAUAUCGCUUUUUUACAGAAUCAGAAUUUAUUGUUGUUCUGCGUGACUCCGCUUCCUUGGGGUGGAAGACGGAUUUAUGCAGCACUGGUCACGGGACCAGACGCACGUAUCGUGUAUUAAAAAAGUGUUGAAUAUUCAGUUGAUAAGCUAUCGGCAGAAUUGCUUGGCGCCAAAUGGCGUUGACGCCAUGAUUCGUACACGGUUGCUUUACUCUAAUUUUGAGCCUUUGUUUCGUAGUUCGUUCUUAAAAUAUUCUUGAAAGUCCGUUGGACAUGCUCCUCUACUAAAGACUGAGAGUAUAAGGGUUCGAAAGCUGCUGUAAGAGUCUUUAUUGUUUGAUUUUGUAUUGUCUUGUUUAUCUUUCAUCAUUAUAUUUUUUUAAAACCUGUUCAUGUUUAAAUUAUCACAUCGGCAUGUUGUUGUUUUUUCAAAAUUUUCAGAAAGUCUUAUAUAUAAGUACACCAGACCUGCGAAUGGGCCUCUAAGCAUUCUACGGAGAAUGAUUUGUAUUUUUAUCUUAUAUAGGCUUUUAUCAAGUCGUAAGAACAUUAUUCUGUUAAAAUGUGAAAAUACAUAUGAAAAUUGUACAAGUUUUGAAAUGAAAUGUUUCUUUUAAAGAUUUUUAUCCUUAUAUUACUUUGAUUGUAUGUGUUUUAUGAGUUUUUUGCUAAUGUGUUUCUGUAACUUGUAAGGAUCACUUUUACGCGCCUGUCCAGAAUAUUGACUUAAUCAUUUUCCUUGUCUGUACUAAUAAUUGAAAUUAAACGUUGGUUUGUCAAAAUGAAAUGUUUGUAAAUUUGUAGGUUUAGAUUAUACUAUAAUUUUCAUAGCGAGAAAUUGUCUGAAACCGAUUACCUAUUGUUGGAAGGGGACUUUUUUCAAAAAACGCCUCUUUUUGUCGUUUCACAGAGGAAUAUACAUUGUUUGCCAUAGAGCAAAGCGUCAGGAAGUUCUCACAAUAUGAUAAGUAGUUCGAAAAACAAUGCAAAUUUUCAAAUCAACCACCUAGUUAUGUUUUUAACCACUAACCACUGAUUUUGUAUCGAGUAAUGUAUAUCUGAUUACAGUUGCAAAGGGCAUAUGAGCGAACUAAAAUAAAAUAAAGCCUUUUGAGUUUGGAUACAAGAAAUAACAAUAUGGUCAAUCCAUAUCUUUCAAUAAAUGUAUUCCUGUUGAUUAAGAACGGAUGAUGAUUAAUGAUACAAAAACAAUAAAUGUAAAGUUAGUUUGCUCUUUGGUUUGCAUAAAGGAAUACAGGAUAUUUGUCAUCAUCAUAAUUUUUUAAAAUCGCAGUUGAGGUAAACACAUAUCGCUUUUUUACAGAAUUCAGAAUUUAUUGUUGUUCUGCGUGACUCCGCUUCCUUGGGGUGGAAGACGGAUUUAUGCAGCACUGGUCACGGGACCAGACGCACGUAUCGUGUAUGAAGAAAAGUGUUAAAUAUUCAGUUGAUAAGCUAUCGGCAGAAUUGCUUGGCGCCAAAUGGCGUUGACGCCAUGAUUCGUACACGGUUGCUUUACUCUAAUUUUGAGCCUUUGUUUCGUAGCUCGUUCUUAAAAUUUACUUGAAAGUCCGUUGGACAUGCUCCUCUACUAAAGACUGAGAGUAUAAGGGUUCGAAAGCUGCUGUUAGCAUCUUUAUUGUUUGAUUUUGUAUUGUCUUGUAUAUCUUUCAUCAUUAUAUUUUUUCAAAACCUGAUCAUGUUUAAAUUAUCACCUCGGUAUGUUGUUGUUUUUUUCAAAAUUUUCAGAAAGUCUUAUAUAUAAAUACACCAGACCUGCGAAUGGGCCUCUGAGCAUUCUACGGAUAAUUAUUUGUAUUUUUAGCUUAUAUAGGCUUUUAUCAAGUUGUAAGAACAUUAUUCUGUUAAAAUGUGAACAUCCAUAUGAAAAUUGUACAAGUUUUGAAAUGAAAUGUUUCUUUUAAAGCUUUUUAUCCUUAUAUUACUUUGAUUGUAUGUGUUUUAUGUGUUUUUGCUAAUGUGUUUCUGUAACUUGUAAGGAUCACUUUUACGCGCCUGUCCAGAAUAUUGA